GUAGGGUUAUGUCCAUAUGUUUAUUUUUUUCAAUUUCACUCUUUUUUUAAAUGUAAUUCUUAAAAUAAUUAGUGAUAAUCGUAGAGUAGGUAAUUAGUGUAAUUAAUUUUUAAGUUUUCACUAGGAUGUAUCAGUGAUUUCUAUACCUCAGCGGUAUUUCUCACAUGAAAUCUUUUCAAUCUCACCUCCAAGCAGUAAUUUGCAUCUCUCUAAUCCAUGGGUAACCUAAUUUUUAUUUAGGUUCCCAGUUCCUCCUCAGCCGUUUUUUUGCAUUUCAUAGCAAAAGUCUUUGAUAAUCAAUCAGAAUUAAGUUACCAGAAGUGCUAGCCAUCAUUUCUCUUUCAUCUCCUACUGCUUAGUAAUUCUAUCAGCACUGAUCAUCAUUUAAUCAGAUGCAUGCGGCAGAUGAAGGUUUAGAUGUCACUGCAUUGGGCUUUCACAUUAAGAGAAGCUGAUGUUUAAAUCAGCGUGAUGAAUAACUUUGCUGCUCUUCUGCUCAUUGUGCUUGUCUAUGAAACAUAUGAAACGGAUGCUUCUGAAUCGAGCACAUCAUGCAGCGGAGUGAAAUUUUCAGCUCUGAAUGGCACCAUAGCAAGUCCUUACUACCCAUUCAGAGCUGCAGGGAAUAUAAGUUGUGAUUGGACAAUAAGCUCACCCACCACUGGUGAUUUACAAAUUAAUGUUUUAGAUCUGAACAUCAACAACGAUGGCCACUGUGAUUCGAGCACUUGCUGUCACUCGUGGCUCGCUCUACCAUCCUUCACAAGCAAAGCUGGCUAUGAGACUUAUUGCAACAGUAACCCAUUGCACCAACAAACAAUUAAAGUGUCAAAGGAUGAAAAAGUUACUAUACGUUUCCAUCAGGAUACAUCUCAAGUUAUGGAAUCAGACGGUUUUGAGAAGCCAUCUGGGGCUCCAAAACCGAUCAACAAUGGGUUCUUACUUCAGUACUCAAUUUUUCCAAUCCUUGAUUCUGCAAAUAACUCACAAUCCCUCUUGUUCCAAGAAAAAUGUGGUUUCGACAUGUUUCAAUGUAAUUCAGGCGAGUGUAUCCCCAGUAUUUUCCAGUGUGACUAUGUGAAGAACUGCAAUGACAAUUCUGAUGAAAUGAACUGCAACAUGGAAUGCUAUGGAAAGAACCAAGUGCCAUGCGGCCCACUUCAAGAAGAUGGCUGCUUUGAUAAUGCCACUCAAAGGUGCAAUGGGGUCUUUGACUGUCCUUCAAAAAGGGACGAAUCAGAUUGCCACUACAGUCAGUCGUCUUGUGGGCUCAGGUGCUCUAACUUAGCUUGUUUUUCAUUUGCUCAGCGGUGCGAUCGGAAACCAGAUUGUGCUGACUACAGUGACGAGUUCAACUGCAAGUUCUGUGAGCCAGGUAAAGUUUUAUGCAAUGCAGAUCCUGGAAUGAAUGAAUGUUUUAAUCCUACAACUCAGAAAUGUGAUGGUAUACCUCAUUGCCCUUUUGGUGAAGAUGAAAUUGGUUGCUUUCCAGAAUGUAACCAGAGCAUCAGGUGUGCAAGUGGGAAGAAAUGUUACUUCAAAAGUCAACGAUGUGACUCCAUAAAAGAUUGUACUGAUAACUCAGAUGAAUACAAUUGUCCAAAUAGCCCAGUAAAAUGUGAUGUGGGCAAACGAAUUUGUGAUAACGGAAACUGUAUUCCCUCUCAACUCUGGUGCAAUGGUAUCGACGAUUGCGGUGAUGAAAGUGAUGAAACAACCUGUUUCAGGAACACAUUAAUUGCUGCUGCAGUGAUGGGUGUCCUCCUUUGCGGACUCUUGCUAAUAAUAGCUGUAGCAUGCACUUGCCGCCUUUACAGUUUGCGGCUAAGCCAUGCAAGAUUCCAUGUCUCUCCACACUUAACCUCAAGGCUAAGGUUAAAUCAGUCAGGAACUUUGCCGCCAUUAAUCGAUGAUGAGUUCUUCCAUCGAGAACCUCCUCCUGCCUAUUCAGUAGCAAUUGGAGACUAUCCACCUCCAAUCCUCCAACCUCUGCAGCCAAUGCCUCCACGACAAUUGAGUCAUGGGAGACGUAUCAGAAGACUCGGAUCUAAUCGAAGAUAUUCUCGAACUUAUGGAGUUCGGCAGCACAUCCGACAGAAUUACCCGGUAUCUGAAGCUAGUUCGUCACUGAUAGUUACAAGGAAUGAACCUAUCAUCAAUAAUUCUGCAAACUGUGAUAAACCCCCAGAAAAUAGUGAAAGAGUAGAUUUAAGCUCGAAUUCUAGUUCCAAUUCGUCACCGGCACACGGGAGCACCAAUUUAUCAAGUUCCUCGACCAAUCCAACGGAGAGCACUGUUUUGCUCCCAUCGUAGUUCUCAAAAUUUAAAUUCUUUGAGUAUUAAAUUUGCUCCGUCCAGCUUUGAGGAAUGUUUUAUUUUAGUAUAAAAUGUUACGUUACUUAUUUUACUAAUCAGGUACAGCUUAAGUUACAUCACAUCAGGUAUGCGCAUUAUUUCACACACAUGGAUAAUUUGUUUCAGUGCUAUUGUUCACUGUCAUGUUAUAAGAGGAUUUUUGACAAAAAAACAUGUCCUACUUUUAAUGUCAUCAAUAUAUGACUUGAUAACUGAUAACAUCACCCGUCAGUAUAAUUAAUGUUUUCAAAAAUGAGUUGAAAGAGGGGAACAGAAUUCAGUUGUCAGAAUGCUUUAAGUAUUGGUUCAGUGACAUGUAAACCAACCCUGCUUUGUUUUGUCACACUGGGAACAAAUAUAAUUCGCUUUCCUGUAUCACAACCACAUCACACCCCUUCUCAAUUUUCAAUCUUUUCCUUUACGCUUCCUCAAGUAUUUUGAUAUGCACACAUACUAAGUAAUAUGAAAAACUAAGUAAACAGGCCACUAAAAUGUUAAUUUUUCUUCUGCAUAGUGUCCUUGAUUUUUACAAGAAGUGCAAUAAUCUUCAGGAACUCCUUUUGAUUUUUAAGAAUGUUUUUUCAAUUACUUUUUUACUUUUCCUACUUUUCAAAGCUGUUGUUUAGAUUGCUGCUUACUCUUUGACUACAGGACUAGUUUCUGUUACGUUUCUUCAGCUUUUACAAUUAUUUUCGUACUUACUAUGUUUUUAUAUUCUUAUUUUAUUACCCAGAAAAAUGCUGAGAAGAAAAAACUCAAUCACCCAUGAUAUGUAUAUUACUUUCAAAACUAAUCAAAAACAAUGAAUGAUGCACAGUAAUUAAAGAGUUUGCCCAUAGAAGGGCGUCUUUGAAAAAUAUUUGUUUUUUUUAAAACUCAUUUGAAGCUCUGAGAAAGUGGCUAUGGACAUACUGGCCUUUACUGCCGCACCAGAGUGUCAGAUCAACAUUAUAUUUUAUUUUCAAAACAAAGAUCAAUCUUAUAAUAUGCCCUUCUAUAGACGAACUGAUCAAUCAAAAAGGUAGUUGCCAAAUGGACACCUCUUGGUUGCAGCUCCUCAAAAUCUGAGCUAAAAUUUCAUCUGUUCUAAGGAAAGUGAAUGCAUUUAUUUUGUUGAAACUCAUACUGAACAUUCUACAUAUUUGUUUUCAUAAUGUUUCAAAAGAUAUAAUUCAGAAAAAUCACCAGUUAGUCUUUUUCAUACAAUUUAAAUUAACAGCAGAGAUUCUAAAACUCUGCAACCAAGAAGUGCCCUUCUUGCGCCUAGUGCCUCAAAUUUAAUGAUUUAAUACUUGAGUGCAUGGCACUUUAGUUGCA